CCCUGCGCGGAGCCGCCCGUUGCGGCGCCCAGCUCCGGACGCCGUUGGGCUGCCUGGCCGCGCUCCCCGCCGCCGCCACUCCGCCAUGUGGCAGCGGGCCGCUUGGAUGCUGCUCUGCGCCGUGGGCGCCGGUUCUGCCCAGUUGUUGUUUAAUGCGACGGAUGUUGUUAAAAAAACUGACUGUAACAAAACUGUCAUUUUACCUUGCUGUGUGACUAAUCUAAAUCAGAACAAUAUAGGUAUCAUGUUUGUAAAGUGGAAAAGACAAGGACAACUUAUUUUCUCUUUCGAUGGACGCACAAGGAAGUAUUUCAGACAUCCAUCGAUGCCAUCGGCUGUUUUAUUAUCUGAGAAGGAUUUAACCAAGGGUGUCGCCUCUCUUGAGCUUAAGAAUGCAGAAGCAGAAGUCGGAAAUUACAGUUGUGAAGUAACAGAAUCAAACCGAGAAGGAGAAACAAGAUUUGAACUUAAAAAAUACGCAGGAUCGUGGUUUCUUCUGCUGGAAAGGGCUCUCAUCAUAUCGUUGCUGUUCAUAAUUAUUAUUUUGUGGUUGGUUCAGCUAAGUCUGAUCGCAUUUAAAUAUGAAAUUGAAACUCGGAAGAAAAUGGGCAUUAUUAUAGCAGGAGUCUUUGCCACAGGUGCUGCCAUUGUAGGCACAGUUCUUUUUGUCCAAGAUGGCUAUACAGUACAUCAUCAGGCUGGUCUUGGCCUAAUUGUAGUCCCUGCUAUGGUUUUCAUACCGCUUCAAUACUUCAUGUUUGGAAUAGUUUUCGAUAAUCUACCACAAGCAACAUUCGUUCUGGUGGGUUUGCAAACUCUUGGUUAUGUAAUUGCUGUGGCUGGUUUUGUACUGUGUGUCCCAGUGUGUCCUCCGAUACAUGCGUCUGUUAUCAUUGCUGGCUUAGCUAUUCUGGCAAUUGCAUAUUUGCUUAGUCUGAGUUACGUGUUUAUUAUGGGUUCCAGAAUGAAAGAUCAUCCUCGUCCAGGGGUAAGCUUAAAAUUAAUAAAUUUGGGGUGACUAGAUGGCUCAGGGGAUUGUAGUGAGAUACUGAACCUUUCUUCAGUAGUUCCAAUUCAGACCAGGUUGGUAGCAAGCAAAAGUUCUGGCUGUGUAACAGAUGUCUAGUGUUGAGUGAGUUGGUGGUCUUCAUUGUCCCUAUUGAGUGUGUCUAUAGUACUGUAAUUGCCACCCUUACCUGAUGGCUACUCCGACUGUUGUGCCCAAAUGGAGUUUCAAGGGCUGUCACAAAAAGGUGGUUGGAUGUGAAGGGAACUUUGGUGUUCUUUUACAAUGCACUCUUUCAUGUGAAUUUAUAAAGACCUUUUGCUCACCUUAAGGAAAAUGCUUUUUCAUUAAGGUGAGUGCAGGAUACCAUUGAAUAUUUUUUUUUAUUUAGGUGGCUUAAAACAAAGACUUAGUUUUGGGGUUUUUUUCCUAUGGUCUUUUACACCAGAACACUUUAAUAUUCUCUUGCAUUCCUAGCUAUAUGGAUGCUAUAGCCUUGAUCUUUUUUUCUUUUCUUAUUUUACUGUAGUGCCCCUUAAUUUGAUGAGACCAUCUGAAAGCAGAGUGUCUGUCUUUAGGUCACACAGAACAAAUGGAAAAGCACUUUGUUUUUUUAAAGAACGUUUUUCAGUCGGUUUUGUUUGAAUUCUAGAGUAAUCAUUCCUAAAAAAGUAAUUUUCAUAGACUUAUGCAGUGCUUUCUAGUGAUACGUGAAUAUGAACUGCCUGAUUUCUGGAGUUUUGUGGAAGCAAAUAAAGAGGCACAACCGUAAAAUACCAGUCACAUUUCCUUGUAGCAGGGGAGCAUGGCAAAUACUGUCGUCCCAUUUCUUGUCUGGCAGCCAUCAUUUGAAACGCUUUUUCAGAUCUUCAGUCCACAGCCUGAGACCCAGCUGUUGAAGAAAGAUGGUUUUUCACAGUGGGAGAGGAGAGCUGUAGGAGAGUAUGACUGUAGUUAGCAGAACAGAUUUAUUUUUUUUUUCUCUUCCCCGACCUUCCCUUCUUCCCUCCCCAUUUGCUUUUUUCUCAUCCAUUUUCAUUUUAAGGAGUAAUAUUUCAGAGGAUUGGCCUCUUAACUUAUGGAAGGAAUAGAAGUGCAUGGAGUUUAAAAAAAUAUUUUAAAAAGGAGGAUGUUUUCGGGGUUCAUUAUUCUAUAAAAAUGAUGCUACAGAUACGUUUCUUUCAAAACACAAUCUUGCCCUUAUCUGAUGCUCAUGUUUACUUGCAGAAUGGAAGCAAACAGGGCAAGAGGAGAUUUUUUUUAUUUUAAACUUACUUUUUGGUUGUAUAUAACCUUUAUUACAUACUUUUUUCAUUUUUUAAAUUUUAUUACACUUAUUAUAUGCUAAAUAACAUCCUUUGUGGAACUCCAUUCUCUUUCUGAGCUGUUCUCUUCACAAGGUGGUUUUGCACUGCACCUAAGAUUUGACAAAGAAAUAGCCACAAUUAUGUAGUAGUGAACACCAUGUUACUCUCUCAUUUGGAGACAGGAAUGAAAUCAAAAGAAAUGUUUAGGUCAUUGGAAAUCUCAGCCACUAAAAAUUCAAGUUUUGCAGCUGCAGUUAGUGGACGGUCAGAUAAAGACUAAUUCAGGUGACAAUAAUUAGUGCCCAUGAACUUAUCAAAGUUAUGGAAAGACCUGGUGGAAAAUUAGGUGUAUUAAUAUGUUGGUUGUUUCCAUCAAGGGCAAUGUGAAGAAAUUUUGAAAGUACACUUUGAUUCUGUGUAAUCUAAAGACUAUGGAAAAAUUCUUAUCAGUGAAGUGCUUAAUUUUGAUGCUGGGGCACAUUUACAAAAUGAUGCUUGAUAUUUUCUUGAGUCUGAGGGUGGAAAUAUGUGUAUUUUGAAACCUGUCAUCUUAAUCAAUUACUGAUUCUUAUUUCUUUUAACAUUUCUGUAGAUUGCUUGUGUUGUUUCUGAUGAUUGUCUACCAGACUAAAUGCACAACUGUGGUGGUUUUUUUUUUGAGGGGAUUAUACUUGAUUGCUUGCCUACUUUUUUGUUUUGUUUUGUUUUUUUCAGUCAUGCUACUUUAUUACUAACCAUUGAUCAAAUCACAGAAAUAUGAUUUAGGUUUUAGAGCUUAAAAGUAGUAUCUGCAUGCCUUUUGCUGCCACCUAGAGGUAUUUCACCUGACGAAGAGUGCAGUGGGGGAAAAAUAAUCUGGAGAAUGCAGUUAUUGAUUGUUCUAAUUUUUUUCAGAACUCUAGUAAUUAAUUUUAUUAAUGCUCAGCUUUCUUCGUUUUGUAGAAUCACUACUUACUGUAUAUGUCAAUUAGAGUAAUUUAACUGUGGCGAGCCAAAAGUAAACAUGAAGGCUUUUUAUACAUAUAUAUAUUUUUAAAUGUU